AAACAGCCUCUUCCUGUGCUCUCGCGAGAUUACGCAUCCUGUGUUUGCGGUGACUCACGGAGGCUGCUCUGCGGUGUUGGUCUCGCGGUGUGCCGAGGGAGCGGCCCGCAUGGAGGUAUAGGGUGGACGGAAGGUCAUGUGUGCUUGCAGAAGAGUAGUGUGAGGAAGCUGGAGUGGCAUGGCAGGACGGCCUCAGCCUUAUGACAGUAACUCCAGUGAUCCAGAGAACUGGGACCGGAAAUUGUCUAAUAGACCUCGUAAACUGUACAAACACUCAAGCACUCCGUCUCGAGGAGCUAGAGCAGGAGCUGGCCACACAAAGAUGAGUCUCCAUGGUGCCACUGGCGGUCACGAACGUUCACGAGAUAGACGCCGAUCAAGUGAUAGAUCUCGAGACUCGUCCCAUGAAAGAGGAGAGAGCCAGCUGACUCCCUGCAUCCGAAACGUUACCUCACCUACACGGCAGCAUCACAGCGAUCGAGAGAAGGAAUACUGUUCAUCCCGGCCGAGCAGCCCCCGCCCUCAGAAAACCUCCCCCAACGGCUCCAGUAGUAGUUUUGGGCUCAGUAGCCGAAACAGUAGCCAGUCGAGUUCGGAAGGGAACUGUAAGAGCGCUGGGGAGAUGGUGUUUGUGUACGAGAAUGUAAAGGAAGGAGCGCGGAGCAUCCGCACCGCCGAGAGAGUCACCCUGAUAGUGGACAACACCAGAUUUGUUGUAGACCCCGCCAUUUUCACCGCACAGCCAAACACUAUGCUGGGCAGGAUGUUUGGAUCUGGCAGAGAACAUAAUUUCACGCGUCCUAAUGACAAGGGAGAGUUUGAAGUGGCGGAGGGAAUCAGCUCCACUGUGUUUCGGGCCAUUCUGGAUUACUACAAGACCGGGAUAAUUCGCUGUCCGGACGGAAUAUCGAUCCCGGAGCUCAGAGAAGCGUGCGACUAUCUCUGUAUCUCGUUUGAGUAUAGCACUAUCAAAUGUAGAGACCUCAGUGCGCUCAUGCAUGAACUGUCCAAUGACGGGGCUCGGAGACAGUUUGAGUUUUACCUGGAGGAGAUGAUCCUGCCCUUGAUGGUUGCCAGCGCUCAGAGCGGAGAGAGGGAGUGCCAUAUCGUGGUGCUAACCGAUGACGAUGUGGUGGACUGGGACGAAGAGUACCCACCACAGAUGGGAGAGGAAUAUUCUCAAAUUAUUUACAGCACCAAGUUGUACAGGUUCUUCAAGUACAUAGAAAACAGGGAUGUGGCCAAGUCUGUCCUUAAGGAGAGAGGACUUAAAAAGAUCCGGCUAGGCAUUGAAGGUUACCCAACAUACAAGGAGAAAGUGAAGAAGAGGCCGGGCGGACGGCCAGAGGUCAUCUACAACUAUGUGCAGCGGCCCUUCAUCAGGAUGUCCUGGGAGAAGGAAGAGGGGAAGAGCCGACAUGUGGACUUCCAGUGUGUGAAAAGCAAAUCCAUCACAAACCUGGCUGCAGCUGCUGCCGACAUCCCACAGGACCAGCUUAUGCACCCAACACCUCAAGUAGACGAGCUCGACAUCUUACCUAAUCACCCCACCCCAGGUAACAACGACACAGAACCAGACGGGCAGAACUCCACCUUAUAAUACAGGCUUCACGGCUGCAGGAACGUGUGCAAUCGGCCAUCAUAGGAGUCGACUUCAUCUGUCACCAAUGCUGAGGUUUCUUUUUAUACAAUCAUUACAAAAGGGAGGGGGCAAAUGGUGUUAUGGUGGCACUGCCACACGUGGGACAUGUAAUACACCAAUGCGCUGUUCUGGUUGUGCAGUGUGGACUUUUUCUUUUACUGACCAAAGGAACAAGCAGAGGUUCCAGCUGUCAUGUGUUUCUGGUGGGCUUGUGAUGUCGGCUGUCUGUUUACUCCUUCACACUGUAACUAUCCCCCCAAUCCCGCUCCGCUAUCUGGCAGCUGGAGGAUAUCACAGGGUCUCCUCCGGGGUUUUUCGUACUGGCACUUUAUGGAUGGUUUCAGGCGGUGUUUGUAAAGUUAAUUUUAUAGUAUAUUAGUAUUAACUUUAAAAAGUGCAUCAAUUUAAAAAGUUUGGAUAUUUGGUGAUCUUGUAUUUCCCUUUACCUGUAUUCACUGAGCACAAGCGGGGCGUUCUCACUAAGGCCAGCCCCCGGAAUGUCACGCAAUGGGGCUUGGAGCAAGCGAUGCCUUACACCACACAAUCUUCCCCGGCCGAGUUUACCAAGAGAAUUGUUUGAAAUAAAUGAUUGUAUGUUUUGCAUUUAAAUAAAUUGUCAUUAUUUUAAAUCUGC